GGGGUUUUAGUUUGAACCGGCCACUAGCCAGCGACCUUCCCAAUUCUAUUAUCUAUCGUGCGCGCGGUUUGUAAAAUUGCCGUAUCUCCGGCGAACCUGAUGGCGAGCAACGGUAGCUCUUCUCCCAAAAAUCCUAAAAAGGCGAAACUGAUGGAUCCAAAUUCCAUUAAACAUCUUCUCGAUGAAUCCGUUACUGAGAUAGUCACCACUCGCGGAUAUGUUGAAGACGUGAGGAUGAGCAAUAUCAAAUUGUUCAUGGGAAUCACCAUCAUCAUCAUCGCUCUUGUUGCUCAGUUCUACCCGAAGAAAUUCCCCCAGAACAAAGAUGUUCUCAUCGGGUGCAUUAUAUUGUAUAUUGUCUUCAAUGGGUUGUUGCAGCUAAUCAUCUUCACGAAGGAAAAGAAUGCGGUCCUGUUUACUUAUCCUCUCCCUGGGUCCUUCAACAGUACGGGUCUGGUAGUUUCUUCUAAAUUGCCUAGAUUUUCUGACAUGUACACACUGACAGUGGCAAGUGCAGAUCCGACAUCAAUCUCGGCUAAGAAACCAGUAGAGUUUACCAAGAGCGUUACUCAAUGGUUUACCAAGGAUGGCGUUCUCGUGGAAGGUCUGUUCUGGAAAGAUGUUGAUGAACUAAUCAACCAGUAUGCCGGAGAGUCCAGGAAGAGCAAAUGAAUUGACGCUAUUAACCUUUGUGCAAUAGUACAGAGGCAGGGUUCAGCAGCACCAUUCCUAGGGUGCUACUCCCAGUCUUAGGAAUUAGAAAUCCUGGAUAUCACAGAGGUUUUGAGUGAAAUCAACCAAAUUUUACUUGAUAAACAGUUCACUAACAUGCACUCGCCAUUAAGCGUAGCAUAACCAUUUAAUCCAUCCUCUUUAUGAGCUUAUUGGGUAUCGAUUCAUUGCAUUA